AAGGCGUGCUUGAACAUAAAGUUGUAUUUUUUGUUAGUAUCACUUAGUUUAUAAACGUUUUAUUAGCAGAUGAACUGUCAGCUCACCGGCCGAAAUGAAGAAAAUAAUCGUCGGAAUAGGCGGGGUGACUAAUGGAGGAAAGUCUACGCUUUCUGUUAAUUUACACCAGAAGAUUCCCAACAGCUGCAUUAUUGCACAGGAUUCUUUUUUCAAGGAUGAUUCAGAGGUACCUGUGGACAGCAAUGGCUUUAAGCAAUAUGACAUGCUCGAUGCCCUCCACAUGGAUAUAAUGAUGAGCAAAAUUGAUUUGUGGCAAAGAGAUCCUGUGUUGUUCCUGAAACAGCGAAACCUAAUGACUGACUGCAUCACACCCUUAGACCACAAGAAGGUGUUUGUGCUGAUAGUGGAGGGCUUCCUGAUUUUCAACUACAGGUCUUUGAAUGAGUUAUAUGACCAAAGAUUCUUCCUAGAAAUACCGUAUGACAUCUGUAAGGAGAGACGAAGUUCAAGGGUGUAUACACCUCCUGAUCCCCCUGGAUACUUUGACAGACAUGUGUGGCCCAUGUAUUUGAAAAACCAAAAGGAGAUGGAGAAUAUGGUGUCAGGAAUUGUAUUUCUGGAUGGACUGAAGCCAAAAGAGGAGCUGCUUGCUGCUGUGUAUAAAGAUGUUAGUCAAGCAAUAGAAACACUUAGAGAGAAAGACUGAAAUGGGAGGAGCUGAAAUUCUUGUGCAUACUUUUGAAGGUGGACACUGCUGCAGGAAAAGGCCUGACUGGACCGUAUUUCUUUGGUUUUAUGGGUAAAUUUUAUGAAUAUCGCUGAUGCUUUUUUCAUGAAUAUCGAUAAUGAUGGGGGGUUUUUUGUGUGUGUACUCUGAAUUCAGUGUAUCAAUCUUCUAAGAGCAGUGCUGCUGUGGUCAUACACUUCUAUAAUUCAUAUCAUUGCAUUAUCACUCAGUGUAAGCAAUAUCCACAAUACGAAUAGAUCGAUGUCUGUAUUUUGUCAUGUCAAGGCAUAUGUAAAAAAAAAAAAAAAAAAUCUUAAUUGUAAAAGAACUUUUGCAGUUGCUUAUUAAGUCAUAUUGACCCCCUUUUUACUGAAAUCGUUUCACUCCAUUAGACGCUUUCUGUCUGUUGCAGCGUCAUGUUGUGUGGUUUCAGUAACUGAUUUUUGAUAUGAUAAUAUGCACAUUAUCCUUGGUGGUCCUGAAGAA